AUGUCGCUACAAUGUUUUGAACUUGGAUUCCAGUAGAUUUAAUUUCUUUUUCAGUCACCUGGACAAGCCCUAAGUGAAUAAUUUCUUGCAAGGAAGUUCAUAUGGUUAUUAAAGAUAAUUCGAUGUGUUUUGAAGAGUUUUAUAAUUUCCAUUGUUAUAAAAUAUCUUAAUCUUUCAUUUAUUCAUAAUAUAACUAUACAUUUAAUAUUUAAAAUAUUUUAGUAAUAAGAUUGAUUUUAUACUCUACGUACAGACAGAUUUUGUUUUUACUUUCAAAUAUCAAUAUCAUGAAACCUACGGGGGAAACGAAAGUUUCUGGCGCCAAAAUUACUAAUUCAGAGGCUAAGGUCAGAAAGUAUUUGCACGUUUUGCAGCCAGCAGCUACUGAUAAAGAGAACCUGGUAGGUCCUGGAAGACCGUUCAAAGAUGCAAUAGAAAAGGAUAUUAAAAACACAUUGGAGAAACCAAAAAAAGAAAGCACAUGUAAAAAACUCGAUUACAAACAUAAGGCAAUUCAAACAGACAAGGGAGAAAAGAUUAAAAUUGAAGUAGAAGAUUUGACUUCUGAAGCUGGUCCAAGUGAGAAUUAUUGGGAAGUAUUAGCAGAAAGACGACGAAUAGCUCUUGAUGAUGCAUUAGAAGAAAAUAAAGAACUACAUGAACGUGUAUCAAAAUUGCAAGAAGAAAAUCGUUUAUGUAAAGAAAUGUUGGAUGAAACACGGGCAUUGGUUGAAGUAUUACAAGAAAUGAUUGAGGAUGACAGAAAUGAUAUACACAAUUCUUUGGAAGAUAGUGCUCUUUAAUUUUAUAUUAGAUAUUUAAAAGUAUUAAAAAUGUCAAUUGUGUAUAUUAUCUCCAUAUUGGAGGAAAGCUUAAACAGAGAUUUAAGACUAAACAACAAAUUUUUAUAUAUUUUAUAUUUAGGAGUUUCGAUUUUUUCAUUGUACGUCAGGCAUUAAUCGAACAUUAGAAAAAUACUAUGUAAAUAUAAAUAUUAUGAGAAACGUUGUGAUAAUUUUGAAGAUACACAAAGGCAUUCGUAUAUCUUUGAUUGUAGUAUAGAACAAUUAAUUGAUUGUGCAUAUCUAUACAUAAUUAAAUAUUAUGCAUCGAACAGAAUUAUAUGUGUAAGUAAAUGAUGAGACUAAAAAAUAUCUUCUUUUCUAAAAGAUAUUUUAUAUAACAAAAUUUAUAUAAUUAUCUUUUAUUUUUUUUCUUCCUUAGGUGAGUUUGUCUUUUGUUCCGUUUGUUCCUGUUUCGAUGCUAAAAAUUGUGCCAAAUGAAGAAUCGACACAAUGUUAGACAUAUAUUCUGUCACGUCUUCUUUUUUGAUAGUUUUCAAUUGUGCUACGACCGAAUGAUAAACGCGAUGGGCAGUUUUUGUAGACAAUUGUCCAAUCGUUUGUACAGUGUGCAAGACCUUAUUCUCAUCAGCAGAGAUUGGAUCUAUAACAUAUAAAUGGAUAACGAUAAAAAAAAAAAUCGAUAUUCUGAUUCUUUUAUAAUUAAUAAUAAAGAAUUAGUAACAUACUUGGCACAGUCUCUUCUCCAUCGACAGCAGGGAAAUAAUGGUCUAAUAAACGAUUGAUAAGAACACUGGUAUUAUCUACACCUUGAACAGCUAUACUACCAUACUGAGUAUUCAAUAAUUCGUUCGUUUUUGCUAUGCUUAUUUCUUUGAGCGCUGAAG